AUGGGUAGGGUGGCCGCCAUAGCGUGCUUCUCGUCUUCUACUCUGAUAGUGGCUGCGUACGGCACUGCUACGACAACCAAGAUCAGCACCACUACAACAGAAAAAGCAAGUACGACCACCAGACAUGUACCUCGUCCUCAGCGACCUGACUUUGGAUUAUACUUUGACGCAAAUGGCUGCAAGCACAAAGUUUUAUCGUGGUACGGAGAUCUGCUUACUGUUACCUGCCAGGCUGAGUGUAAUAAUAAGCAAGUCCAAGUAGCUCAAGGGACACCAUGUGCUCAGGUCGUGAACCCCGGCACGGGAGCCGCAAGGUUUGGGAGUAGAGUGUGCCGCAUUGGGACAUGCAUGAGGAACAGAUGUCUUUACAGAGGCAGGCGUGAAGUCUGUUCUGUACCACCAACGAGUUUUCAUCGAAGCUACCGGAGACAUCGCAAGCGCUCGUACACGGGACUAAUUAUAAAACUACACUGCUUGUUAGGAGUGACAAUAAAAAUAAUCAGCAUGAUCCAUCUCAGGAUGACCCUCGGCGGUAUUGCAUUUAACAUUGAAUCAACAUAG